AGAGAGCGAAACAAACAUGGCGACGGAGUGGAGUGGACGCGGCUUCAUGAGAACUUUACUGCUCUUUUGCUGCCUGGCAGCGGGCAGCCGAGCCCAGACGGGCGAGUCGAAGCCGCGGCCCCCGACGCGGAUACUCGGAAUGCGGCUGGAGAGGAGCGACGCGCCGGCCGAGACGACCGAGCGGGGGAUCAUCCAGGUGACCGAGGGCAGCGACAUCCUGGUCAGGUUCUAUGGGCUCCACCUGUUCCCCAACAGCUCGGCGCUCGUCAGGUUCACGGAACUUUACUCCAGCGAGCAGGAGGACGACGACCACGGCGCCGUGGAGGUGCAGAACCUGACGUGUGCCGAGGACACCAAGGACCUGGUGGUGAAGGGCUCCAUGCGGGUGAGGAACCAGGACACCUCCGGGCUGCUGAACGUCACCGUCAAGCAGCUCCGCAAGAGCGAGGUGGUGAAGGUCUUCGCCCUGUGCGUCCGAGACCCGCUCCAGGGCACGGAGACCUGGUCCCUGCUGGACGAGCAGGACGGCCGGGUGCGGGUGGUGGAGGUGACGAAGUCCCUGCUGCCCAUAUGGCUGCAGAUCAUCCUCAUCUCCUUCCUGCUGGUGCUGUCGGGCAUGUUCAGCGGGCUCAACCUGGGCCUGAUGGCGCUGGACCCCAUGGAGCUCCGCAUCGUGCAGAGCUGCGGCACCGAGAAGGAGAAGAGGUACGCCCGCAAGAUCGAGCCUAUCCGCCGGAAGGGCAACUACCUGCUGUGCUCGCUGCUGCUGGGCAACGUCCUGGUCAACACCACGCUCACCAUCCUCCUGGACGACCUCACCAAGUCGGGCUUCGGCGCCGUCAUCGCCUCCACCGUGGGCAUCGUCAUCUUCGGCGAGAUCGUGCCCCAGGCGCUGUGCUCGCGCCACGGCCUGGCGGUGGGCGCCAACACCAUCCUGGUCACCAAGCUCUUCAUGCUCCUCACCUUCCCGCUCUCCUGGCCCAUCAGCAAGCUGCUGGACUGCGUCCUGGGCCAGGAGAUCGGCACCGUGUACAACCGGGAGAAGCUGGUGGAGAUGCUGCGGGUCACCGAGCCCUACAACGACCUGGUGAAGGAGGAGCUCAACAUGAUCCAGGGCGCCCUGGAGCUGCGGACCAAGACGGUGGAGGACGUGAUGACGGCCAUCGGCAACUGCUUCAUGAUCCACAGCGACGCCGUGCUGGACUUCAACACCAUGUCGGAGAUCAUGGAGAGCGGCUACACCCGGAUCCCCGUGUACGAGGGCGAGCGCUCCAACAUCGUGGACGUCCUCUUCGUCAAGGACCUGGCCUUCGUCGACCCGGACGACAGCACCACGCUGAAGACCAUCACCAAGUUCUACAACCACCCGGUGCACUUUGUCUUCCACGACACCAAGCUGGACUCCAUGCUGGAGGAGUUCAAGAAAGGGAAGUCCCAUUUGGCCAUCGUGCAGAAGGUGAACAACGAGGGCGACGGGGAUCCUUUCUACGAGGUGCUGGGCUUGGUCACGCUGGAGGACGUGAUCGAGGAGAUCAUCAAAUCAGAGAUUCUGGACGAGUCGGACCAAUACACUGACAACCGUUCGAGGAAGAAGGUGGCUCCCAACAAGAACAAGAGGGACUUCUCGGCUUUCAAGCACGAGAGCGAAUCCAAGGUCAAGGUCUCCCCUCAGCUGCUGCUGGCCGCCCAUCGCUUCCUGGCUACAGAGGUGGCCUUCUUCAACCCGACACAGAUCUCAGACAAGGUCCUGCUGCGAAUCCUUCGCCACCCCGACGUGAUCCAGGAGAUCAAGUUCAACGAGAGCGAAAAGUGCUCGCCGCAUCACUACGUCUACCAGAGGGGCAAGCCCGUCGACUUCUUCAUCCUCAUCCUGCAGGGUCGAGUGGAGGUGGAGGCCGGCAACGAGAACAUGAAGUUUGAGACGGGACCUUUCUCCUACUACGGGAUCAUGGCGCUCAGCGCUCCCUUGCUGGAUUUCCGCUCGCCGUCACACCUCAGCGGCCUGAACCGCACGUCCUCGCUGAGCGGCGCCGACCGCACCGAGUCGCUGUCGGUCAGCGGCAGCAACAAUCAGCUCAACUGCAGCGUCACCUUGACACAGCAGUACAUACCCGACUUCUACGUGCGCGCCCUCACCGACCUGCAGUACGUCAAGAUCACACGCUCGCAGUACCAGAACGGCCUGAUGGCGUCCCGCCUGGAAAGCACGCCGCAGUCUCCCGAGAGCGUCCACCAACUGGCUGGCGUGGCCUUGAACACGCCCCCCGCCGCCGCCACCUCCAACAACGCCCUCAACGACCUUGGGGUGGACGCCACCAUCACGGAGAACGGGCCCGACGAGACCACGCUGCUGCUCCUCAACGAGCAGAACUUGGCCCACGCCGCCAACAACCACAGCCAGCAGGAGAACAGCGUGUGAGGCUCCGCCCCCCCCCCGGCCUCGCCCCGACCCGCGCACGUUUGCACGCAUGCACUACUAUGAUUGGAUGUUUGCCGGGGAGGGGAGGAGUCUGUUUGUGUGACACGCCAAAGUGCACAAACCCCGCCUUCAUUUAUCCUCGGUUCCCUUCUUGGACCACUAAGCUCCUCCCCCUUAGAACCUCCCCCUCGCACGUCAUGCCGCCUCUUCACUUUUCCCCGAACGACGAGACUCAGGAAGACUCCGCCCCCUCAUCGCACAUCGUCGUGUGUGUGUGUGGCCUAAUGCUUCAUGUUGUUUGCUGGCCCCGCCCACAAAAUGGAAGCCCCGCCCAACUCGCCUCAUCCGCACAGCUGGAGUCCAAUCAAAAAUUGUCCGAUAUUCCGUAGAGAGUUUUAUUGUCGGCGACAAUCAGUGCGAUGAUGAAUGUAGCGUUUGUGUGUUU